AUGAGGUUUACCACCUCCUUCUCCUUGGUGGCUACCUUUACGCUCGCCGCUGCAGAGCGGCAUGUCCCAAACCACGUCAGGCUUCGCUCCUAUUCCCCGCCUCCGCCAUACUAUCCGUCUCCUCACCCCAUCACGAGCACUAGUGGUGAUGGCGUGUCUUACACUCAUUCUCGUGGCACUGGAGUCUCGUUUUCAACUGGUGUGUCAUUGUCAACCGGCAUCCCAUCGAGCGCUACUAUUCCGACCUCCUCGGAUCUGAAUUCGACAACUCGGGUUCUAUCUACAGUUGUCGACACCAGUGUCGUUACCAUCACUUUGACAAAGAGUACAGUAGAAUCCACGAGCAUACUCGUCACUCCAAGUGUCACUGCUCGCAGUUCAACGAGAGCGACCACGGAUACGUUUACCGAUGCUACGCAGUCCAGCUGGGAUCCCAACCCACCGUCAUCCACUCGCGUUCCACUAUCCACGGGUGCUUCUUCUUCCGGAACCGGAUACUCCUCUCAUUCUCUCCCAGACAGUUCAGCACCUUAUGGCAAUAGCACAAGCUUCUCUCCAACCACCCGAAGCACAGGGACUGCGCCAGGAUUAUCCACUUACACUUCUACUCUCACGCAUAUUGAUAAUGCCACGACCUCGAGCUACACGCCAAGCCCGCCAGCCUCAACGGAUGAACCCAAGUUCAACACGACUCUUGUUGUUAUCUCCACGUCGGUUCUCACGAUUACGCCUCUCCCCCCGUUCCCGACGAACAGUUCUUCGAUCGUACAGACAAUCACCGAACCUACUGCUAUUUCAAGUAGCCCUAAUGCCACGUCAAAGGCGCCCAAAACGUCCUCUGGUUACAACAGUCCACCACCUGUGUCUACAAGAUACGCUAAUUCGACAACAUACCCCUCUACCCCCACGCCAUCGACUACGUCCUACACGUACUUGUCUUCUUUGAGCUCGACUGUAGGAUUGCCUUCGAUCAGCGUUAGUUCGUUCUCCUUGUUCACUACGGUUUCUUCUUCCUCGAAUACUCGGUCGUCCAGCGUAAAGUCACCUAGCAGCAGCGCCUCUACUACCAAGUCUACUACGAGAAGCUCCACCACUAUAUCAACUUCCAGCACUAGGUCUUCAAGCACCCGCUCUGCCAGCUCGAGCUCGUCUAGCACCGCUCGCUCUUCCAGCACCCGUUUGUCUAGUACCCGAUCAUCGUCCAGCCUGUUCACCUACUCUCAAACACCAUCAUCUUCAUCUCUCCUUGCCUCAUCGACCUCAAUCACCUUCGCCAGUACCACCACUAGAGACAUCGGCCAGACAAGCACCGACGCCACCGCCUCCUCCUGGCCUGUUCCAUCCGAUAGCUGGUCCUCAUCUCUAUCUACCUCAGGCUCCUAUGAAGGUCCCAAAUCGUCAAGGGACAUCCCCAACACUUCAACAGACGCUACCAGCUUCAGCUUCGAUCCUAAUACAAGUGAACCGGCAACGAGCUACAGCCAUAGUCAGACUACGUUCGAAACAAGCGUGAGUAAGACGAGCAGCAGUGAGGGACCAUGGAAGAGCGAGACGGGUGGAUAUGGACCGCCGCCAGCUCCUACGUUUGAUUCGGCCACCGAGAAGGAGAAGUUGGUCAAGAGGAACAUGAUGGGCAUGUGGUUCAUGUGA